CUUACAUCCCACGUCGCCAGGAUCCGGGCUUGCAGCAGCAGCAGCACCCGCAGGUACAGCAAAACUCUUGCCGCACAGACCCCUCGGCUACAAGCGGAGCAUCCGACGCGUCAGUGUGCUGUGUGUCUUCGGGUUGCAACCUGUCAGGUGUGUCCAUUCAGGCCAUUUCCCCGACCAGUUCCUGUCCAGCGUCGCUUCCUUGUCCUUCCAAACACCUUGUUUGUUUUACCUGCCGACAACUAAUCGCCUAAACAACAACAAUGUCUAACCGUGAGCGUGCAAUGGGAAUGGACAGAGCCCUCUCGUCCAAGGUGAUGGCCAAGUACGACUCUGGUGCAGAGUACGAAGUCCGCCAGUGGAUCCAACAGCUGACUGGUGAGGACAUCGGCACAGGUGCUGUUGAGGUGGAGAAGAAGCUGCGAAAUGGACAAAUUCUGUGCAGAUUGGCAAAAGCUGUGUAUGAUGGCACCCCAAACCUCCCUCCCGAGGCUCGCGGCUACAAAAUCAGGUGGAACAACAUGGCAGCACCUUUCAAGCAGAUGGAGAACAUCGAGGUGUUCCUGAAGGCGUGCGAGAACUAUGGAGUGCCCUCCACAAGCCUCUUCCCCACCGCAGACCUCUUUGAGGGCCGCAACAUGGCCAUGGUCAUCUCCACCAUCCUGCAGUUUGGCAGUGAGGCUCAACGCCAUGGCUUCAACGGCCCGACAUGCGGCCCUAAGCCAACCGAGCGACACCAGGUUCAAUUCUCGGAAGAACAGCUUCGCGCCGGCCAGGGCAUCAUUGGUCUGCAGGCUGGCACCAAUAAACUGGCCUCCCAGUCAGGCAUGUCAUUCGGCGCUGUGCGCCAUAUCGCCGACAUCCGCGCAGAUGACGCAAGCAAAGAGGGUCAAGCAGUCAUUGGUCUUCAGGCCGGAAGUAACAAAGGCGCCUCGCAAUCCGGCAUGGCCUUCGGAGCUGUCCGCCAUAUUGCCGACAUCCGGGCUGACGAUGCCUCCAAAGAGGGUCAGUCUGUCAUUGGUCUCCAGGCCGGAAGUAACAAAGGCGCCUCGCAAUCCGGAAUGUCCUUUGGAGCUGUCCGCCACAUUGCCGACAUCCGGGCUGACGAUGCCUCCAAAGAGGGUCAGACGGUCAUUGGUCUUCAGGCCGGAAGCAACAAGGGUGCCUCACAAUCCGGAAUGUCCUUCGGCGCUGUCCGCCACAUUGCCGACAUCCGCGCCGACGAUGCCUCCAAAGAAGGUCAGACUGUCAUUGGUCUGCAAGCCGGAAGUAACAAAGGCGCAUCUCAGUCUGGAAUGUCCUUCGGCGCUGUCCGCCAUAUUGCCGACAUCAGGGCAGACGACGCUUCCAGGGAGGGUCAGACUGUGAUUGGUCUGCAGGCCGGCACCAACAAGGGCGCCUCGCAGGCUGGAAUGAGCAUGGGAGCCCAACGCCACAUCGCUGACAUCAAGGUUGAUGACAUAUCCUCCGCCUCUAAAGCUACCAUCAACCUCCAGUAUGGUUCCAACAAGGGAGCUAACCAGGCUGGCAUGAGCUACGGAUCCCCGCGCGACAUCAAGGGCAACUAGAGGGUCAGAGGUCGUCAGAUUGAAAGCAACGUCACUGUACGGGAUUUACCAAUAAGAGCGAGGAAAACAGGAAAAUAAACCCUCCAAAAAGACACUUUUGGCCGAACAAAUUUCGAACAUAUUUGCCUGAUUCUUUUGAUUUUCUUUCGAAUGAUUCGAUUUCUCUAAACUUUGUGUCCCUUAAUACCAAACUCCCAGCUGCGAUGUGGUCAGGUUUUUUUCGAUAAUGGCUGGAACAUUCUUUUUAAUACAAGAAGAAAUUUUUCAGCAGCUUAAGUACAGGUAUAAGCUUUGUUGUAUAUCAUUUAGAAUUGCUUUGAUCACCUUGUUUUAAACCCGUGGUUCAACUGAUUGUAAUUACAUCGGCAAUCUGCAUCAAACGAUUGGUACCAUUCACUUGCACCGCGUUUUAUCGAUAUCGUCUGUUUGUUUUAUUGUUUGGGUUUUUUUGUUUUUUUGUUUUUUUUUUUUUGUUUUUUUUUUUUUUUGGUUUUCGAGAUGCAAUUUAAGAGGGCUAGGUUUGUGUUACAGUUUUCGCGUGGGUUAUGCUAUCAAAGAACUUUUGUAUGCUUCGGAAGUUUGUAUAAGAAACACAAAUCGUACAAAUGCUAUUUAAUUUUCCAAUCCAAUUUUCCCAAUGAGAAACGAUAGAUGCAAGGUUAUUAAGAGACAAGCUUACCAGGACAGGCGAUUCAGGAUUGUUUACCUAUGUUUUAAUGCAAUCGUAGUGUUAGACUCACCAUCGUUUGUGAACAUUGAAGUUUUCCCUUCACACGUUUGGUGUACUUUCUUUCGUGCCUUCAGAUUGAUACAUAUUCUUCUGAAAAGGUCAUUGUACAUAUCGCUGUAUACUGUAGCAGGCUUAUAGGGAUUUUGUUUUAUUUAUUUAUUUUUAUUUUUAUUUUUCUGGUCUCUGUGAAAGGUUUUGUAUAUGUUUUGCUCUGUCACCACGCGAAGCAAACACAACGCGAUACUGUUAUUAAUUCGAUAAAGUGUGCAUGACAGGACAUUCAAGUCAAAUAAAGUCUCGAGGCAACUGGUGGUCGGUGCUGCUUUAUAAUUGAUAACCUGGACGACGAAAAGAUGGAGAGAAAUAAAUUUCUUGUUCUCAAC